AUGUGGGUAAUUGGUGUCCCGUGUAGUGGUGUCUAUGGUCGUUCGUGUCAGUGGUGUCCUCGUGGUGUAUGUGCUGGUGUCCUCGUGGGUGUACUGUGUGUAGGUGUCCAUGUGGUGUCCUCGUGUCGUGGUGUCUGUGGUGUCCUCGUGUCGUGGUGUCCUCGUGGUUAAUCGUGUGUGGUGUCUAGUGGUGUCUAGUGUGUGGUGUUGUGUGUCCUGGUGUGGUGUCAUGUGUCGUGGUGUCUGUGUCGUGGGUGUACUUGGUGUUGUGUGUGGUGUUGUGUACUCGUGUGUGGUGUCUAUGGUGUCUCGUGUGUGGUGUCUGUGUCGUGGUGUCGUGGUGUAUCGGGUUGGUGUUGUGUUUGGUGUCUGUGGUGUCAAUGUGGUGUAAUAGUGGUUGUAUACGUAUAGUGGUGUAUAUUGGUAGUAAUCGUGGUGUAUUGCGUGUAGUACUCGUGUGUGUUGUCAUGUGUAGUGGUUGUAAUAUGGUAGUAAUAGUGGUGUAAUAGUGUAGUGGUGUAAUAUGGCAGUACAGUGUAGUGGUGUAAUAGUGUAGUGGUGUAAUAGUGGUGUAAUAGUGGUGUAAUAGUAUAGUGGUGUAAUAUGGUAGUAAUAGUGGUGUAAUAGUGGUGUAAUAGUGUAGUGGUGUAAUAGUGUAGUGGUGUAAUAUGGUAGUAAUAGUGGUGUAAUAGUGUAGUGGCCUCAGGACAUCUCCUCUCUGACUGGGGUUCUGUUCUCCUCCUCAGGACAUCUCCUCUCUGACUGGGGUUCUGUUCUCCUCCUCAGGACAUCUCCUCUCUGACUGGGGUUCUGUUCUGUUCUCCUCCUCAGGACAUCUCCACUCUGACCGGGGUUCCUGACGAACACAUAAAGACCCGCAAGGUGCACAUCUUUGUGCCAGCCCGCACGGCCAUGCAGUCAGGAGCCCACGGCACCAAGAAGUGGAAGAUGGACUUUGACACCCGGGAGCGCUGGGAAAACCCUCUGAUGGGAUGGGCCUCCACGUAAGACACACACACACACACACACACACACACAUUAAAUAGUUGUUUCCAAGGGCGGCAAUCAGAAUCACUACUCCUAGACAUUCAAAACGUCUCAUGUGCCAUGCAUGCAGCAUGGACAGCCUAGGCAGCAUACCGACCAUCAGGUUACUGGAGCUGGCGUCUUUGGAGUGGUUGCUGCCUGUUUUGAGGGUUCACAGCAAAAUAGAAUGUGAGGUUCGGAUUUGAGGAGGAUAGACUGAUCCUAGAUCUAUACUUCAGGAUGACGUCUGUCUGACUGUCUCUCUCUCUGCCUCCCACACACAUUACAAAGAGACAAUUCAAAACAAAAACAACAACAACACUAACUCGCCAUGUUAAAGGAUUUGUGAGGUUUUAGCUUUGGCAGCGUUUGGGAAAUGGCUAACUGAUAUCUCUGUCUACGUCAGACUAAUGCAAAGACAGAGGCAUAUGUUGGCUUGAGUUUUAAACCGAUUUUCCAUACAAGGCAGACAGUACAAAGGCAAAGCAGACUGGUAGACAGGACAAAGCAGGCAGACACCAAGGGUAAUGCUAACAUCUCAGACCACUAAUGCUAGCUAAUGCUAACAUCUAAGACCGCUAAUGCUAGCUAAUGCUAACAUCUCAGACCGCUAAUGCUAACAUCUCAGACCGCUAAUGCUAGCUAAUGCUAACAUCUCAGACCGCUAAUGCUAACAUCUCAGACCGCUAAUGCUAGCUAAUGCUAACAUCUCAGACCGCUAAUGCUAGCUAAUGCUAACAUCUCAGACCGCUAAUGCUAGCUAAUGCUAACAUCUCAGACUGCUAAUGCUAGCUAAUGCUAACAUCUCAGACCGCUAAUGCUAACAUCUCAGACCGCUAAUGCUAGCUAAUGCUAACAUCUCAGACCACUAAUGCUAGCUAAUGUGACAGUGGGUGGUGGUGCUGGUAGGUUAAAGUUUAAUUAAUGGAAUGAGUGUGUGGUAUAUUGUAUUUAGAUCUCUCUGUUCAAUAUCACUUACCCUUCCGUUCCUUGACCAGUUGUCUCGGACAGGGAUGUUGAUGUGAUGUGCCAAUUCAUAGGCAAGUUCUCUGCAUUGGAAGCUACUAAACCCAUAAAACUGGUCUGCGAGAUUCUUGAUAUCAUUUGUUGUAUUACUUGUGAAGCAUAAAUUGAAAUCAUUAGGGUUUUUUCUUUUUAUUAUUGGACUGAUGGUACAUGCAUCUGAUGGUCAGUCUCAGCGGAGGGGGAGAGACAGAGGGAGAGACAGACAGAGAGAGACUGACAGACAGACAGAGAGAGACUGACAGACAGACAGACAGAGAGAGACUGACAGACAGACAGACAGACAGAGAGAGACUGACAGACAGACAGACAGACAGACAGACAGAGAGAGACUGACAGACAGACAGAGAGAGACAGACAGACAGACAGACAGACAGACAGACAGACAGACAGACAGACAGACAGACAGACAGAGACUGACAGACAGACAGAGAGAGACUCAGCUUUUCCUCCCUCUGCUAACUGACCAAACGGGAACAUUGUCUUCCAGCUGAUGGUGAAACUCGACUCGCAUUUCAUUAUUUCUGACUCAUGCACCAAUUAAUCUUGUUACUCCUAUGGCCAGAGAAUGUGAAGUACUCCUCGAUGUUAGAAACACACAAGCCGUUAAUAACAACGCAAGUCUAUCGAUACACUUUGUAGCCUGAGUGGAUAGGGAGAGGCUGUUUUAUGGCUUAUAAAAGUGUUGAAUAAAGUGUUGACAGUGUUGAAUAAAAUCUUAAACAUGAACUCACUCAUAGAAACAGCAGCUCUUUGCUGUAUUCGUUGAGUCUCUCUCUAGUCAUGGUUUUGAAAUCUCACACAGUAGAGUCGAUUAUCAACUUCACAGUGGGCUGGUGGAAGCUGCAGACACUGAUUGGCCAGUGGUAGGCCUGUAGCUGCAGUUGAUUUGCUCUCCGGGCCCGCCGGGUAGGCGGAGCUUGUACCUUCAGACACAUGAAAUGGUUAAAAAUGGGAACACUUCGACUACCCGGCGCACAGGGCAGCUGAAUCAAGUGCACCUACCGACUCAAGACCGCCCAGCCACUCUCUUGUCUACGUCCCCUCCACUCCAGCCCAUCCCAACCCAGACCAUCCCCAGCUCCAACCCAGACCAUCCCCAGCUCCAACCCAGACCAUCCCCAGCUCCAACCCAGACCAUCCCCAGCUCCAACCCAGACCAUCCCCAGCUCCAACCCAGACCAUCCCCAGCUCCAACCCAGACCAUCCCCAGCUCCAACCCAGACCAUCCCCAACCCAGACCAUCCCCAGCCCCAACCCAGACCAUCCCCAGCCCCAACCCAGACCAUCCCCAGCCCCAACCCAGACCAUCCCCAGCCCCAACCCAGACCAUCCCCAGCCCCAACCCAGACCAUCCCCAGCCCCAACCCAGACCACUCCCCAGCUCCAACCCAGACACCCAUACCCCAGCUCCAACCCAGACCAUCCCCAGCCAACCCAGACCCAGCCCCAACCCAGACCAUCCCCAGCCCAACCCAGACCAUCCCCAGCCCCAACCGACCACCCCAGCUCCAACCCGACCACCCCAGCUCCAACCCAGACCAUCCCCAGCUCCAACCCAGACCAUCCCCAGCUCCAACCCAGACCAUCCCCACUCCAACCCAGACCAUCCCCAGCUCCAACCCAGACCAUCCCCAGCUCCAACCCAGACCAUCCCCACAACCCAGACCAUCCCGCCCCAACCCAGACCAUCCCCAGCCCAACCCAGACCAUCCCCAGCUCCAACCCAGACCAUCCCCAGCCCCCAACCACCAACCACAUCCCCAGCCCCAACCCAGACCAUCCCAGCCCCAACCCAGACCAUCCCCAGCUCCAACCACCCAGACCAUCCCCAGCUCCAACCCAGACCAUCCCCAGCCCCAACCCAGACCAUCCCCAGCCCAACCCAGACCAUCCCCAGCCCAACCCAGACCAUCCCCAGCCCAACCCAGACCACCAGCUCCAACCCAGACCAUCCCCAGCCCCAACCCAGACCAUCCCCAGCUCCCAACCCAGACCAUCCCCAGCUCCAACCCAGACCAUCCCCCAGCUCCAACCCAGACCAUCCCCAGCUCCCCAACCCAGACCAUCCCCAGCCCCAACCCAGACCAUCCCCCAGCCCCAACCCAGACCAUCCCCCAGCUCCAACCCAGACCAUCCCCAGCCCAACCCAGACCACUCCCCAGCUCCAACCCAGACCAUCCCCAUCAACCCAGACCACCCCAACCCAGACCAUCCCACCCAACCAGACCAUCCCACCCAACCCAGACCAUCCCCAGCCCCAACCCAGACCAUCCCCAGCUCCAACCCAGACAUCCCCAUCCCAACCAGACCAUCACCAACCCAGACCAUCCCCAGCUCCAACCCAGACCAUCCCAGCCACAGACCUCCCCAGCCCCAACCCAGACCAUCCCCAGCCCAACCCAGACCAUCCCCAGCUCCAACCCAGACCAUCCCCAGCUCCAACCCAGACCAUCCCCAGCUCCAACCCAGACCAUCCCCAGCUCCAACCCAGACCAUCCCAGCUCCAACCCAGACCAUCCCCAACCCAGACCAUCCCAGACCCAGACCAUCCCCAGCUCCAACCCAACCUCCCAGCUCCAACCAGACCAUCCCCAGCCCCAACCCAGACCAUCCCAGCCCAACCCAGACCAUCCCCACCCCACCCAGACCAUCCCCAGCCCAACCCAGACCAUCCCCAGCCCAACCAGACCAUCCCCAGCUCCACCCAGACCAUCCCCAGCUCCAACCCGACCAUCCCCAGCUCCAACCAGACCAUCCCAUCAACCCAGACCAUUCCACCCAAUCACCCAACCCAGACCAUCCCCAGCUCCAACCCAACCAUCCCAAACAGCUCCCAACCAGACCAUCCCAGCUCCAACCCAGACCUCCCCAGCUCCAACCACAGAUCCAUCCCCAACCACACCACACCCCACCAUGCUCACAAACCAGACCAUCCCAAGCCAACCCAGACAUCCCAGCUCCAACCAGACCAUCCACCAGCUCCAACCCGACACCCCCAGCUCCAACCAGAACCAACCUCCAGCUCCAACCCAGACCAUGCCUACGCUAG